AUGAAGAUACUCAACACUGAAGAAGAAAAUAAUAUACAUAUUAACAGUGAGAGUCGUCAACAAAUCAACGGCAAUAAAAUUAACAAUAGCCAAGAGGUGAAAAACAACAAUGGUAAUACAGUUCAACUUGUGCCCAACGCUAAAAAAAAAAAUUUGAAACAAAUCAGAAUAAUUCAAUCGUUGCCGAUACGAACAAACGAAAUUGAAUUAUUGGAAUUAGAACAAUCACUAUUAAAAGAAGAAAGAAAUAAAAUAAACAACAGAUAUUUGCAUCAAGCUGAAAUAAUAAGAGCGCUAAGGAAAAAAGAGCAAGAUCUUAAAAAUAAAACUGGAAUUUCAGAAAUCUCGGCGAACAUUCAGCAGUAUCUCCAAAACAUAACAAGUAAUGUUAGUGAGCUGAUAAAAUCGCAGGCAGUGAAGACAACCGAAGACAGAUUACCGAAUAUAAGAUCAGUAAUUUCCGUUUCUAAGUCAAAUGAUUCAACUUCUAAAGCAAAUAAAAUUUCCGAAAAAACGAUCAGCCGUAAUGAUAUAGAAAAAGCUUCAAAAAAAGAAGUUAUGUCACAAAGAGCUAAACUGCUGGUAAGGAUGAAGUGGCCUGAUAAGGCUAUUAGAUUGCAGUUAGGCUUUGAUAAAAACGCUCCAGGUGUAAAAAUCCUAAUAAGUGAUGAGGAAGUCAUAGAAAUACGAGAUUUAUGUUUGGAAUGUGAAAAAAUGCGAAACAAUGUAUUGAAAGAAGGUGACAAGAGAUACCCCAAACUGAAACAAAUAAAAUCGUGGAUUAGCGGUACUCUAAUCGACGAACGUAAUCGAGCGUCAGACGAAUUCAAAUUAAAGAAAGCAAAAAUAAAAAAAAAUAACAUUAAACGCCUAAAUGAAAACAAAGAAAAUGGUAAUUCCGAAACUGAAAUAAAAAAAAAAAAAUCAUAACUAAAAGCAACCCAGCGAGAGAUGUGUAAUUAGUCUUUUAGAUAGAAUAAUAUAUUUUAUUACAUAGAGUAUUUGUUGAAUAUUUACGUAAUAUUUUAUAACU